GUUGCCGCGGUAACGGCGACGCUGCCGUAAGGCAGAACCGGCACCGGUGGGGCCGGACCGGGACAGAACCGGGACCGCUGGGACCGAACCGGGACCGAACCAGGACCGAACCGGGACCGAACCGUCACCGCUAGGACCGGACCGAGACAGAACCGGGACCGCUGGGACCGAACCGGGACCGAACCAGGACCGAACCGGGACCGAACCGUCACCGCUAGGACCGGACCGAGACAGAACCGGGACCGCUGGGACUGAACCGGGACCGAACAGGCACCAGUGGGACCAGACUGGGACAGAACCGGGACCGCUGGGACCGAACCGGGACCGAACCGUCACCGCUAGGACCGGACCGAGACAGAACCGGGACCGCUGGGACCGAACCGGGGGCGGUGGGACCGGACCGGGAUAGAACCGGGACCGCCGGGACUGAACCGGGAGCGGUGGGACCGGACCGAGACAGAACCGGGACCGCUGGGACCGAACCAGGGCCGAACCGGGACCGCUGGGACCAAACUGCGGCCGGUGAGACCGAAGCGGGACUGAACCGUGCCCGGUGGGACAUAACCGGUACCGAGCAGUGCCUGGCGGUACCGAACCGUGCAGGGCGGUACCGAACCGGGUCCGGCGGUACCGGUUAUGGAGCCCGACGCGCUCGUGCAGUGCCCGUACGACCGGAGCCACCAGGUGCGCGAGUCCCGCCUGCCCUAUCACCUGGUGCGCUGCCAGCAGAACAACCCGCAGGUGUCGCGCACCUUGGCCACGUGUCCCUUCAACGCGCGCCACCGCGUCCCGCGCGCGCACCUGCGCGACCACGUCACCUCCUGCCCCGACAAACUGCCCCUCGAGCUGCCCCCAGACCCCGAGGACACGGCCAGGCCAGCCUGUCCCCCCGCCCAGGACUGGCAGCCGCCCCCGUGCCAGGAGGACUGGGACGCAGAGCUGGGCGAGCUGGAGCUGGAGGAGCCACCCCCGUUCAUCCUCCACGUCACCAAGGGGGACCUGCCCGUCCCCUGCCGCAGCCCCGACCCCGCCGCGCCACCGGAGGGACUGUUCCCGAGGAAGCCCCGGCCGGCGACAGCAGCACCGCGCCUGGAGACAGCGGGAGCCACCCUGGGGACAGCCAGAGCCCGCUUGGGGACAGCCGGAGCCACCCUGGGGACAGCCAGAGCCCGCUUGGGAACAGCCGGAGCCACCCGGGGGAGAGCCGGAGCCCGCUUGGGGACAGCGCGAGCCCGGCCGGAGGUGGCGGGCGGGGCCCGGGGGCUCCCGGGGGCCCGGGGAGGUCUCGGAGCCGAGGGGGCCCCCCCGGUUUUUAAAUUUUUGCGGAAAUAAAAAUCGCCCCGAGGA